CCAGCAAGGCGGGACGUGCGGCUGGCUGUCUGUGAAGCUUUAUCGUGUGUGGAUAUGGGAGGGUGUGGGAAGCAUGUUUCCUCAGGCUCGCCGGAGGACUUUUCUGGGUUUGGACGAGGAUUCUAACACUAAUUUGUUAUUUCCUCCAGUGAGGAUGCGUCGACUGAUCCAUGUUGGAAUUUUGUUAUGAUUGUGCAGCUGCCUGUUUUGGUCCUGGAAGGGACUGCCAGGAAACAGAUGUUAAUUUUUUUUCAACAAUUAAUACUAUUGGCUAAUCCCUACUUGUGUGUUUUAUUUUUGCAAAUUUGAUGAUGCAAUUUUAAUGGUUGAACAAAUGUGCUGUCUUUUGGGCUCCUGAAGAAUAUCUUUGGUGGUAUAAGGAUUCUGCCGGAAUUAUGGCAAGCAAGACUGAUUUUGUGAUUAGUUGGUCGACAUGGCUGGGCAUCAGAAUGGGCGUAAAAUACUUUGAUCAAGCAAUAAUCCUCAUGAAUUCUUUCAAUAAAUUUUCAAUUAGUUGUUUUUGCUUAGAUGGUUUUAUCAGCGUUAUAAGAUUCCAUAUGGUGUAAUGAAUAAUAUCAAAUACUUCACUGUGAAUUUACCAGAGUUUUAGAUAAACAUUGUGAAGUUCAAAGUGCUGUCAUCUAUCUUUUCGUGUGUUCCAUGACAAUGGUGAACCUCCAAUUUAUUUGUACAGAGCAUGUUUUACCAGAAAUCAUGAAAUAGAAAGAGAUAAAAUAGAAAUCAUAUCAAAUGAAAAAUGUAUUAGUUAUAAAGCAAAGUCACAUUUGAAAAUUCUUUGCUGUCGAACAAGAAAUAAUAAUAAAAAAAUACUAAGCAUUUAUAAGUUUCAUACUAGUGUAGAGCGACGUUAACGGUAGCAAAGGUUGAUGUUACUGGGCAAAUGCACAGAAGGAGGAAUAGUGCAGUGCCAGCGGACAGUGCAGACAAGAAAGUGGGAAGUCAGCUGUCUGGCAGUUUGCAAUUUGGGGCCCAGCAGCAGAACCAGCAACUCCUCCUGACCCCAGCCAGCCUCCAGCUUGCUCAGCUCCAGGCCCAGCUUACCCUCCAACGCCUCAAGCUGGCUCACGGAGGCAACACAGCCACCGCGGCCGCUGUUCUCAAUCAGGUUCUUUCCAAUGUUGCCAUGGCACAGCCCCUCUUCAAUCAAAUGCGGAACCCCCAAAUUGGCUUCCCAACAGGGGUGCUUAGUUAUCCGACUUCAAAUCCAGCCUUGGGGAUUGGCGGAUUCAACCAGAAUCUAGGGAAUGUGAGACUGAACCAUCAUGGUGGGGGAGCCAUCGUAGGCCAACAUGGUGUGGAGUUUGGUAUAAAGUCCGGGCCCACGUAUCCCUCUGACAUCGACAGGCGUCUUCAAUACAACGUGGGAGCGACGUCGACGGCAUCAGCCCCUGCUGCCGAUGGACAUUAUUCCGUGGUCAACGCUCAAGCGAAACUCAACAAUGUUGGGUUCAAACAAGACUUCUAUGGACAGGAUAUCUCCAGCCAACAAGCUGGAUUCAACAUUGCUGAUCAGAAUGUCAAUCUGUACAACUGCACUGGACAGACAGAGCAAUGGGACGGGUCAGCGAACGCUAAGAACACGCCGUUGGUCUCUGAUGCCACCAAUAUUUGGACAGCAGCUGGGCAGGCAGUGCGAUCCAGAAAUCAACUGUAUAACCCAGAGGAGCCCACUUCUGACCACAAAUUCAAGGGCAAUAGCGAGGGUUCGUCUUUUGUCCCUGACGGCUUGCAGGGUUUUGGGAGUUACCAACCGCUACAUGGAAGCGAGGAACCUUUGUGUACGGGUACUAGGACACUUCAGCCGUACCAAGUUAAUGACUACCACGCUGUCACACCCACUCAACUGCCACAUCAGUGCAGCAUCUGUGACAAGAAAGUCUACAACCUCAAGGACUGGGAGCAACAUGUAAAGGGAAAACUACAUCUGCAGAACCAAACGCUGUACAAUAACGAAAGCUCGGCAGGGGUAUCAGCCGGAGCUGCUCACUACACGCUCGGUAGGCCCGUUGAUGGUGCUCUCGGUGGAGGAGACUCAAUGAACUCCACUGCUGCAGGUCAAGAUGUUUCCUCAGGAGUCAACACCUCAUACUUGCCAGCUGCAGCCAUGACGAAUUACCCUUUGACCAGCACGGGAUUUACGUCACACCAGCCGGAGUCAAAGACGUUUCCCCCAAGAAAGGCCACCACGGGACGUGUUGUUCACAUCUGCAACCUCCCUGAAGGCAGUUGUACUGAGAAUGAUGUCAUCAAUCUGGGACUGCCUUUUGGCAAAGUUACCAAUUACAUCCUGAUGCGCUCAACUCAUCAGGCGUUUCUGGAGAUGGCCUAUAUUGAGGCAGCUCAAGCCAUGGUUCAGUACUACCAACUGACUCCAGCUAUGAUAAACAAUCAGAAACUUCUGAUUCGAAUGUCUAAAAGGUACCAGGAGCUACAACUAAAGAAACCGGGUAAAGAUGUUCAGGCGAUCAUCCAAGAUAUUGCUUCUCAUUGGGAAAGAGAUGAAAUGCAAAAACUUGAGCGCUACAUGCCAGACAGAGUUCGCUCCCGCAGCCCCGUCAGAAACUCCCUCAGCCCUCAAUCACACAGUCCCAGUUUCACAUCAUGUAGCUCAGCCCACAGCCCCCAGGCGACCCCCUGCAGGGGUCCGGAGCGAGGCACCAAUGGCCUGGGCCCACACCAAGGAUCUUGGGAUUGGUCUACGCACUAUAGACGAGCUGAGGACGACAUGGAGAGGGAUGAACCCUCCAGGCGGAACGGAUGCAGCAUUGACAGCGACCGCCCCAACGAACGACCAUCGGAGCGCCGGAAAGUCUAUGGGAAACCCUCGGAUUAUGUCGUCUCCAGGUCUGCAGACGAUCGAGGAUUUGAUAAAGGAAUGACCGGAAACAGAGACUUCCCUAGAGGCAGUCCUCAAGGCAAGUCCUUCAACUCCUACCGGAGCAUGGAGGAAAGCUUCUACAUGAAGGUGACCAGAUCUCCAUACCAAAGACACGAUAGCAAGUCAAGGAGGAGGAAUGGCAGUGACCACAGCAGGCAUUCGAGGCAUCUGGAGAGCGAGGUGAUUGAUGAGCCACCUCGCAGAACACCAGAAGAUAAGAAGCUACGUUCACCCAGCAGGGGAAGGAGUAGGAAGCCAAACAAGAGGUGCACCCCUACAGAGAAACAUGACAGCCCCACUACAAAUACUGAUGGCCAAUCAAAAGAACAUGUGUCACCUCAGCGCAGUGACAAGUCAAAAGAUGUUGCUGAAUGUUUUAAUCACAAGGACAUUGAGAAGAACUUGGGAAGUGGAGAAAACACUGAUGACGACUGCUGCUAUCCCAAGAACAUAGAGGAAUUUCUUACAGUUGAUGAAGUGGGAGAAGACGACGAUUUCAUUAUUGAGCCAGACCUUCCUGAGCUGGAAGAGGAUGUGACCUGUCCUGAAGAGUCUGCAGAGGAACAAACGCAAACAACAAAAGGGACUUCACUGUCACCUUCACUCCCUUUGGAGGAUGAGGAGCAGGAGAUAAACAAAUCCAUCCAGGAACAGACAUGUGAGGAUGCUGAAGUCCAAGAAACAUCUGCAACUGAGAAAGAAGUUCCAAAUGAGACAAGUUUAGAAGAACCUAUAAAGAGUCCUGUUACUUCCGAGCCACCGAUUGUGAACCUAAUUGAACUUCCCAAUGAGGAGUUUAAGGCAGCAUUGGAGGAGACGAGUACAGAAGACAAAGUUUCUGACAACGGGCCCUUAGAGGAAAAGCCGAUAAAAAAUCACAUUCAAAUAUCAGAUGACUGCAAGGUCCAGGAUGUAGUCCAGGUCACUGAGGCCAGUUCCAAUGUCACUCAACACAAUGACAGCAUUCUUAAAAAAGAUAUUGAAGCGCCCUCAUCAUCUAAUGAACAGGAGAAGGUUGUCAUUGAACACAUCAUCCCUUUAGGAGUGGAGUUCAUUGAGGCAAGGACUGGUUUCUUUUGUAAACUUUGUGAGCUGUUUUACACCAGCGAGGAAACUGCAAAGAUGAAUCACUGCCGCAGCACUGUACACUACAGGAACCUACAGAAAUACCUGUCCCACCUGGCACAUGAGAGCCUAGACCUUGCUGAAUUCUCAAGCACACAGUGACAUCCCGUCCUCUUACCACAAGCAGCACAAGUGGAAUUCAUGGAGGCAUAAAAAUUACGGAUACUUGCACUUGUUUUAGGAUAAUGGAAUAAUGCUCGGAAAUGUUAUUCAUAAUUGUGUUCAAUUUUGUACAUAUUCCGAUGUAUAGCAAGACUAUUUAUUGGUUUUAUUCUUUGUACACACAAAGCUAAGUGUUAUUUAAUUUGGAUGUUGACACAGUGUUUAACAAAUCGAUUUGCUUUCAAAAUCUGAUUUCCAGUUUGGACUUUGAAUUGUCCAACUAACAAUAAUAGAUUGUACUAUUGCAACUGCAUUGUGACUUAAAUGAUGCCAAUGAAUGUUUUUACUCGUAAAAACUGAGACAAAUGCUCAGGUGAAUUUUGUUUGUUGAGUUUCUAACUCAGUGUGUGCAAUUUAUUGAUAACUGACGUAAAGCUUUUCUUGAACUCUGGUCUUGUGUGCACAACAGUUGUCUUUCAGGUCAAAUUAAUUUCUUGUGUAAUUAUGAUGCAAUGGCUCUGCAAUCAAAUCUCUACUGUGUAUAAAUGUCAAUCCCUCAGUCCUAGCUUUAUUAGAUUAAUUUAAUGCCUCAGCAUUUUAAAUAUGGUACAUUAAACUAGACCAGUUCAACUUCCAAAUACAACAGUUGCUUUCAAAGCCAAAUGUCUUUUCUACACAAUAUGAAGCCUUAUCCUGAAUGUUAAUGUUGUUUUCUUAAAUAUAAUUUUCAUGUGAAUAAAUACUUUUUCGAGG